GCACGGGCUCCAAGCAGGGUCUCCAGCGAGCCCGGAGUCCCUGGGAGCUUAGCGCAGGACGGUGGCUGUACCUGACAGCUACUGGUAAGGCACUCUGGCCUAGAGCCGGGGGAGGAGGGCCGGAGGCGGGGCCGACUGGAAGCAGCAACCAUAGCGAAGCUGCAGGAUUUCCGCGGGGUGGGAGCUUGUGUCGCCGGAAGAAAGCGGCUCCUGUGGCAGAUGUCUCGUGAUUGCUCUGGGAGUUUUGCUUUGCCACUUGAAACUACAGAAGAAAGAAGGAUCUAGCGAAAUAUGGCUACGGAGGGCUCUGCCACGCGUCGAAUCCAGGUGGCAGAACAUCCCAGAUUGCUGAAGCUAAAGGAAAUGUUUAACUCUAAGUUUGGAUCCAUUCCCAAGUUUUAUGUUCGAGCACCAGGAAGAGUCAAUAUAAUAGGAGAACAUAUAGACUACUGUGGAUAUUCUGUUCUUCCUAUGGCUGUAGAACAAGAUAUGUUAAUAGCUGUGGAACCUGUGAAAACACACACUCUACAACUGGCCAAUACAAAUCCCUUGUAUCCGGACUUCAGUACUAAUGCUAAUAACAUCCAGAUUGACAAAACCAAGCCUCUGUGGCACAACUAUUUCCUGUGUGGAUUUAAAGGAAUUCAGGAACACUUUGGUCUUAGUAACCUGACUGGAAUGAAUUGCUUGGUAGAUGGAAAUAUCCCACCAAGUUCUGGCCUCUCCAGCUCCAGUGCUUUGGUCUGUUGUGCUGGCUUGGUGACACUCACAGUGCUGGGAAUGAACCUAUCCAAGGUGGAACUUGCGGAAAUCUGCGCGAAGAGCGAGCGUUAUAUUGGCACUGAAGGAGGAGGCAUGGACCAGUCUAUAUCAUUUCUUGCAGAAGAAGGGACAGCCAAAUUGAUAGAAUUUAGUCCCCUGAGGGCAACUGAUGUGAAACUCCCAAGUGGAGCAGUGUUUGUGAUUGCCAACAGUUGUGUGGAAAUGAAUAAGGCAGCAACUUCCCACUUCAAUAUCAGGGUGAUGGAGUGUCGGCUGGCUGCAAAGCUCCUGGCUAAGCACAAAAGCUUGCAAUGGGACAAAGUACUGCGGCUGGAGGAGGUGCAGGCCAAACUAGGGGUUAGCCUGGAAGAAAUGCUGCUGGUCACAGAGGAAGCCCUUCAUUCUGAACCCUAUAGCCCCGAGGAGAUCUGCAGGUAUCUGGGAAUUAGCCUGGAGGAACUUCGAACCCAAAUCCUGAGUCCCAGCACUCAGGAUGCUUCUGAGAGGCGAAAUUAACCAAGUGCAGCUGUGAAGUUGUUGGCCACUGUGCUCUGAGUAGAACGAGGCUUCUGCAGACAUGAGGACAGCUGAUGUCUCAGUGACUCCUCUGUAACGGCUUUGCUGGUUUAGAAGCAUCAUCUAUAGGGAAGUAUCUUCUCUAUCAUUGUCUACCUAAGAGGCCAACAUCUUGCUGUCCUACUUCCCUUUUUUGCUAGUUUUCUUACCAUUUUCACAUUUUUUAGGUUUCCAUAUAAGUAAAUGUUUGCUUUGUAUGCAAAACAGCUUUUCUCAUAGUUAAAUUUCUUUAUUUUGGUCACAGUGAUUCUCUCCUAUAUGUAUGUUCAAACUGAUUGUACUUCAGUAAUAAACAACUCCAAAGUCUCAGUGGCUUGACCUAGCAAAAGUUUAUUUCUUGCUCACUUUGCAUAUCCAACACAAGUCAGCAAAGGGGUCCGUUCUUCUAAGACACUCAGGGACCUAGAUUCAGGGGGGCUCUACCUCAAUACAUUUGUCCACAAUCACUGUGGCAGGAAGAAGGGAAUGUUGCUAAUUGCUCACUGGCUCUUAAUAUCUGCCAAGGAGUGACUAGCAUCACCCCUAUUCACAUUUGAUUGUUCAAAGCAAGGCACAUGUAUGCAAUGAGCUUCAAAGGGGGUGGGGAAGUGCAGUCUUAUGUGUGAGGAAACAGCCCUAACGACAACUGUACUUCCCUGUGCUAUGUAGUUAUGCGUCUCAUCCCAUCAAAUCUUGGUGACAACAAUGAAAACCAAUUUACUUUCUCAUCUAAAAAUAGGAAGUUGACAUUUCUUUCCAGAUAUCUGGGAUAAUGAAUAUUGUUCAUAACCAAAUUCCAAGUUAUUUGUAUGUAAGAAUUAGACAGAUAUACUGUGACCUCUUUGUAUGUUGCACAUUUUUCUCACACUGGCAUUUUUUUUUCUGCACUUGUUCUGGGGAAAGCCUUCUUAGUCCUGGUAGCUUGUCACUUUCUUCCCUGUCUUGUAGAGUUCGGUCUGUUUUCAGGAGCUUGCCACUCUAAUAUCUAGGGCAUGGUCUGAGAAAACAUCUCCUUUUGUUUGAUAUUGGUUGUUAACUUCCUAGCCUUAUUUCUCUUUCAAAGAGCUUAGCUUCAGGUGGAAGAAAGUUUCCCAAUAAGAACCUCAAAUUGGAAAUUGCAUGCCACUUCCUACCCACUGUGCAAUUUGUUUUCCAUGUGAGUCAGCUGAAUUGUGUAACUGUGAAUGGCUCUAGUAGCUUUUAGCAGGUUACUGCUAAAUAUCAAUAGCAACGACAAGAAAAAUAAUGAUCCGUUGGAUCUGUAUAGACACUAGCAGUUUUAACCAUGUGAGAUCUCACUUAACCGUCAUUCAUGCUGUAGGUUUCAGAUGAAAAUAUGACGGGUCAGCACUCAUUCGAGGCAGAGAUGUUACAAAGUUUUUAAUAAGAAGUUUGAGGAAGAUGGUUUCUCAUUUCUGUCUUUAGGAAGGAUUAGAAUGGGAAAGACCACAAAGAUUAACAUCCUUAGUCCAUUAGGGCCUCAGCAAUGUUGGGAAACAUUUAUUCUGUCAAUGGGCAUUCUGGCCCUGUCCCUUCUGCGGAAGAGCAUAAAACAAACCAGGGACCACCUACAUAGGAAAGUAAUAUAAUUUAGUCUUUUAACGAGAAGUUAUAAAAUGUUCUAAGAAGAAGGAAUAUAAAAUUCUCCUUAAUUAACAUAAGAAAUGACAAGAUAUUUGCCUCAUUUCUGUACUCUAGCCUUCUAAGAGAAAGAGGACAGAGAAGAUGAAGAUCAAAAGGGAAAGAGUCAUGAACAGAGAAAUGGGGAAAGAGAAUCUGGUAAAGGGAGAGCUUGCUUAUUAAACAGAAAAGCACAUAAGCACAAAUAACAAACUCACACCUAUGUGUUGGCAUUCACUUCCCACCUUUCCCCCGCACCCCCUCCCCCAAGAGCCAUAUUUGUAAUCAUGGAGUGCUGUGAAAUGGCAGCAAUCCUCAUUUAUCCUUCCAGGACAUUGCCAGUUAUAUUAUACACACCUGGAGAAUAGGAACAUCAUUGUCAUCUUCUUGAUGCUACACUGCAUUUUAGAAAGCUCAGGUAUGGUUGUUAGGUGUAUUGUCUUUCAAUACUUGCCGUUAGGAAAUUCAGAGGAGGGCCACAUUCAGCACGUGAAUCAGAGCUCCCUCACUUUCAGUCACCUGUCGUCCAGUGCCCAGGUCACUUUCCCUGGUCUGGUCCAGUGCAUGCCUUUCCAGAGAAAACUUGGUACAGCAGCCUAUGUAACCUCUUUGGGCCUUUUUACAUGGUAGAUAACAUAGCUUCAACACUUGCUUGAACUGUUGCUAUGAUCUGUUCAACUCCUACUUUUUAUCAAAUUGGGAAACAAAUGAGUAAUAUAAGUAAAUAGAAGUAGAUUUUUAUUCCUUUGUUCAACUAACAGUUGAUGGAGGGCCACCUAUUUAAGCACUGUUCUAAGACCUAUGCAUUAGCAAUCACUAAAGUCAGCAUAAUUUUUGCUCUUAUUUAAUUUAGCACUUUGGGGGAAAACAAAAAUAAAAUAAUUACUGAAUUGUUCUGAUAGAAAUAUAAUAUUUAUUUCACAGACAAGCAGUCUUACAUUUUUUAAAUCCCCCCAUAAUUUAAUUAAUAGAAGAAAGCUAAGACAAGAACUCAUCCCCUUUUAGGUAAGAAUACCAGGGCAGGCCAGCUGUAGGCAAGCGUGACCGUUGUUUCCCAUAGUCCUUUCAGCUCUGCAUUGACCAAGAUCCAACUUCCUAGGAUCCUCUUCAAAUGGUUUGAGAUUAUUUCCUCUUUUUACUUUUUCCAAGAACAAAGUUUGAGGGAAGUUCUGGAAUGUUAGUGGGGAAGCAUUAAGAGUUGCCUCAAGAAGGAGAGGGAGAUGCCAAAAUGCAGUUUAUCAAGGGGGUAGCUUUAGAUUCUUCCCUUGCUGAUGAUGGGAUGGGACCACUGGGUUCUAAGGGUGCCGUAAAGAUGAAAAAGGCACAGUCCCUGGCUUCCUAAAGCAGUGUAUGACAACUAUAAUUAGAAAGGAACACAAAGUAAAGAGGUGUGCAGAGGUGGGGGGUAGGGAUACCUCUGACUAUCAUGCUCUUGGAGAGCUUCAUGAAAGAGAUGGUAUCCAGGCUGAUAUUGAAAGAGAUGUGGGGAUUGCAGAUCAUUCUGGGUAGGAUGCUGGUGCUGCUGGGCCUUCACUCAGGGAUCGUCCAUGCUGCCAGUAGACAGGCAACAGUGGAGCAAGGCAUCUCAAGUCAGGGGUAGGGGAGGGUGGCCCAACCACACCACAAGAGGUGGGAAGGGACUGACUCUUUUUUGUUUUU